AUAUGGAAGAGCUUUGGUGCUUGAUGGCAUUAUUCAAUGCACUGAACGAGAUGAAUUUUGUUAUCAAGAAAUGAUUUCAUUUUUACCUCUAUGUUCUCAUCCAAAUCCAAAAUCAGUGUUAAUAGUAGGUGGUGGCGAUGGUGGUGUCGCACGUGAAGUAGCUAAAUUUUCUAGCGUUGAAAAAAUUAUUCAAAUUGAAAUUGAUGAAAAAGUGAUCGAAAUAUCUAAAACAUUUUUACCAUUCAUGGCUAAAGGACUUACAAAUUCUAAAGUUAAUUUAUAUGUGGGUAAUGGUUAUGAAUUUGUUAAACAACAUACUAACGAAUUCGACGUAAUAAUAACUGACAGUUGUGAUCCUAUAGGACCUGCAAUAUCUCUUUUCCAACAACAUUACUUUUCAUCAAUGAAAAAAGCAUUAAAACCUGGUGGAAUAAUAUGUAGUCAAGCCGGGACAAUUUGGUCUAAUCUUGAUCAUAUAAAAAAAACUCUAUACCAUUGUAAAGCAUCAUUUCCUAAAGUAAAGUAUGGAAUUUCAUGCGUACCAUCAUAUCCGACAGGUCAAAUAGGUUAUAUACUUGGUAGUCUGGAUCCAGAAACUAACUUCCAAGAACCUGUAACAUUAUUUACAGAUGAUGAACUUAAUAAAAUGGGCCUACUGUAUUACAGCGAUAAGAUUCAUCGUGCAUGUUUUGAAUUACCUAGAUUUAUAGAAAAGGAAUUUUUAAUUUGAGAGUAUUAUGUAAAAAGAUAUAUAAAAACAAAUUUGUUCUUUUAA